UAGGCUGCUAAGCACGAGGUCUCGGAAUCGAGUCCCGGCCACGGAGGGCGCACUCAGAUGGGGGCGAAAUGCGAUAACACCCGUGUACAUAGAUUUAAGUGUGCGUUAAAGAACCCCAGGUGGUCGAAAUUUCCGGAGUCUUCCACUAUGACGUGCCUAAUAAUGAGAAAAUGCUUUUGGGCUAAAACCCCAUAAUUUAAUUUUGCGGUUCUGUUUCUCCAGUUCACGGUGUGGGCUUAUCAAGGUCUCAGGUAUUUCCAUCAACGACAAGAGGGUCUUUUUAAGUGGAAAAACAUCGGGCUAGCAUACACGUGGACAUUAAAGCAUAAAAAAAAAAAAAUAACGCGUGACCGGAAACAGGAGUGAUGUUGCUCUCCUUACAGAAAUGUCGAGGUAAUCUGACACGCAUAGCAACACCACAAAGAAAAACGAAAGUGCUUUUUUUUUUCGGAAACAUGACCCCAGUUGCGGCCGACCUCAUUUACCUUUGUACAGUUUGUUCGCCAAAAGGUUGCCAAAUUAAUAAUAAGCGGCGUCAGUCCCGGAGACCCACGAGCGAAACAUGCGCAGCGGACAUAGGAACGACGGGCUGGCAAGAACAAGAAAAAAAAAAAAAAGAAAAGUUGCAUUCAUUGUGAACCGAGGGUGACAGUUUUAAACGGCAGCUUCAUCAGCGCGAAAUGUAACGACUGGAAGUCAGCCACCAGGAAGUCAUUGGCCAGCGGCAAACUAAUCGGAAAGGGUAUAAAGGACCCGCCGCGAAGCGCUGUGGGAACAGUCUGCUAACAGAAUGAAGCAGUCGCUGAUUGUGUUUUUGGCUGCUCUGGCCGUGGUGCUGCUGUCCAGAUCGGACGCUGGCAAGGGACCCAAUGUCCUGCAGCGCGACGUUGCAGACGCUUUCAAGGUCUUCGCUGCGUUCCCUUACGCUGUCGCCAUUUCCGACGCUGACAAUGAUACCAUCUUUGAGUGCCUGACUACUACGCGCAAGGACUUUGACCCAGAGGCGAAGACAGUAACCUAUGUGUGGUCAAUAAAUGAGGGUCCUGGAAAGAGGAAGCAUGUUGGUUUUCAUCACACCGCUGGGGCAACGCCAGAUGCCACAAACUUCACAGUUGGCAAAGAUUCCAAUACUGUGGAAGUGGGGUAUGUAACCUGGAGCGACUACAAAGACUGCGCCAUCACGGAAGUUCCCCACUUCGGAGACCAAUGUACCCUAUGGGUGUCCAAAGAAGUGGAGGACCUUGUACCUGCGUACUGUCUCGAGCAGUUUCACGACGUAUGUGGUGUCGUGGUGCCUCUUCACGACAGCGACCUCUGCGAGGAUGACGAGAAUGACGAGGAAGACGACGACGACUAGGCGCCGAAGGCACACACUGGAUAAGCCGCUGCUGAUAUAAACACGGAUGCCACGGUUGCUAAAUAAUGGUGGUCAGGUUCUUUACCAAAUAAAGGUUUGCUUGGAAGUAUUGAUGGUUUC